AUGGAUCUGUUAAUGAAUCAAUUUUUAGAUGGCAUUCCUAAAGAAAUUGAAAGCUUGCAAAACUUGAUGUACCUUUUUUUGAGACACAACAAGUUGCAAGGAUCUAUACCUGACUCAAUGAGCAACGUGGUAGGUCUGGAAUUCCUAAAUCCUUCUCAUAAUAAUAUAUCAGGAACCAUUCCAAGGUCUUUUGAAAAAUUUCAAUACCUGAAGUAUUUCAAUAUCUCUUACAACAAGUUAUAUGGUAAAAUACCCUCUGGGGGUCCUUUCAAGAACCUCUCAAGUCAAUUUUUUCUCUUCAACGAAGCAUUAUGUGGUUCUCCGAGAUUUAGUGUCUCGCCAUGCCCCAUUUCUUCCAAGCAUAGGUCAAAUAGGAGAAAAACGCUUAUAUUUCUUCUAGUGGGAACUGCACUAUCAUUUGUUCCUAUCACCUUUGUACUUGUAUGGAUAAGGUAUAGGAAAGGUAAAAGAGCUCCUCAACAAGCUGAUUCAUUGUCUAUAACAACAAGAGGAAGAAUUUCAUAUUAUGAACUGCUCCAAGCAACUGAUUCGUUUAGCGAGAGCAAUCUGAUUGGUUCUGGGAGUUUUGGCUCUGUCUACAAAGGCAUGCUCAGUAGUGGGACUGCUAUUGCAGUUAAAGUAUUCAAUCUGCAAUUGGAAGCGUUCAAGAGUUUUGAUACAGAAUGUGAUGUUUUGCAUAACCUCCGUCAUAGGAAUCUCACAAAAGUCAUCACUAGUUGUUCCAACCUUGAUUUUAAGGCUUUAGUAAUCGAGUACAUGCCCAAUGGAAGCCUCGAUAAGUGGUUGUAA